CGAUUAAAGAUUAAAUAUCCAAAUCAUAGAACAAAACCUUUUCUAUCAAAUUAGAAGUUGGUUUAACAAAUUAGUAUGAACCGAAAUUAUAAGCCUAAUCAAUAAAGGCCCAUUAGAAAACCACCAAAGGAGUUUGGUUAAGAUAUUAAAUAGUAGUAGCCUAGGGCUCAUAGUUGAUUUCUUCUUCUUCGCUUCCUUCGUUUCCAAGCUUUAGGUAUCCAAGUCGCGGCUGAGGUACGGUGUUUCUAAUCUCUCUCCGAUUCCUCUUAUUUUUUCCUUUCGAUCUCUCUCUCUCUCAGUAGUUCUCUCCCUUCUCUCUGAAUCUGAUUUUUAGUGUUUCUCUGGUUGUAGAAAAAAAAUAUGUACCCUUCGAUGCACAAGGAUUUGCGAUCGAGGCAAAGCAAUGCAAAUCAAGUUUGGGCGGAUUCAGAAAGCACACGUCGUUUCGAGAGAAUGAAUGAUGACACUCCAGCUACUGAUGAUGCACGAGACUAUCUUAGGCUUCCAGUCAUGGAUAUGCCUAAGCCUCCACCUAUCAAGUUCGCAUACCUUCCUCUAGGGAUCACGAUCACGCGCAAGGAGGUUGAUAUUAUCAAGCUCACAGCGCAGUUUGUGGCUGUUUAUGGGAAGUAUUUUCGGCGCGAAUUGACGAUGAGAGUGUUUGGGAAUCCUCUGUUUGAGUUUAUGAAGCCAACUGACAGCAGGAACCGUUUUUACACGGGGCUUAUUCUCGGGUAUUCGAGUGUGUUAAUGCCUUCCCAAAAGCUGAAGACGAAGAGUGAUAGUACGAGGGAAGUUUUUGAUGCUUUCUCCCAGCUUCUUGCUCAAGUGCCUGAAAAGGAGGAGGAUGGAGUGGAGAUUGCUUUGACUGAUUUGCAUGCUUAUGAGUAUUUUGCUAACAUGUUUCUGUCUCGGUCUCCACUUGUCAAGUUCCCAUUCUUUCCUAAAGGGAUAACGAUCACGCGCAAGGAGAUUGAUAUUAUAAAGCUCACAGCGCAGUUUGUGGCUGUGUAUGGGAAGUAUUUUCGGGUGGAAUUGAUGAAGAAAGUGGUAAUGAACCCUCAGUUUGAGUUUGUGAAGUCAACUGAUAGCAAGUACUCUUUUUACAAUAGGCUUGUUGAUGGGUUUUCGAGGGUGUUUAAGCGUUCCAUAAAGAAUGGUGCUGGUUUGGGGGAAAUUCUUGAUGGUUUUUUCAAGCUUCUUGAUCAAGCUCUUGAAAAGCAGGAGGGAGUGGAGAUGGCUAUGACUGAUUUGCAUGCUUUCGAGUUUUUUGCUAACGUGGAGGAUGACGUGUUGCAACCACUACCUGAACAAUACCUUCCAAUGAUGAUGAUGCCGCCACUACCACCUCUAAUUCUGCGUCCACUUGGAUCUCAGUUUACUCAUCUUCAAGGUCCUUCUCACAUGAUGAAACCUACACCACCUCGGCCACAGAAUGAUUUGCAAUCGGGUCAAAACAAUUCAAAUAAAGCUCCUGCGAGUGUGGCAACUAUUGAGCCACCUCCAGAAAUCAGAAAUUUUAUCCAGAAGACUGCACUAUUUGUUUCCAAAAAUGGGUUGGAGACUGCAAGAAGGUUCAUGGAACUUAGUAUGAAUGAUACAAGAUACAGAUUUGUGUGGAGCACUCACCCUUAUCACGCAUUUUAUCAGCUUAAGCUUGCAGAAUACUGUGCUCAGAAUCAAGAUAGAGCUCAGGAUAUCCAACCUAAUGUUCUGAGAUCUUUCGGUGUUGGAUUUGAAUUCCCUGAAAAGGAGAUCACACUCAAGGAGCUUGGUAUUAUUAAGCUCACAGCGCAGUUUAUGGCGCGGUACGGGAUGAAUUUCGUGCGGGAUUUGAAGAAGAUAGUGGUUGAGAACCCUAAGUUUGAGUUUUUGGAGUCAACUAGUAGCAGGUUCAGUUUUUACAAUAGGCUUGUUAUUGCGUAUUCAAGGGUAUUAAUGCCUUCCAAAAUGCUGAGCAAGAGUGAUGAUUUUACGGCGACUGUUCUUGAUGGUUUUUUCCAUUGUCUUCAAUUGGAAAAGCAAGAGGAGGGAGUGGAUAUGGCCAUGAUUGAUUUGCUUGACUAUUUUGCUAGUUUGGAGGAUGAAGACUAUUCUGCUAACGUGCUACAACCUCAACACCUUUCAACACAAAUGCAGCCUGGUAUGGUUGUGCACCCAUCACCACCUAUGCCUGAAACAUCUCCUUCUCCCCCACCACUGCCUCUACAUAACGAGUCAGCACCUGUUCCAGAAGACCAGUUUCUUGCUGACCAACAUCCGGAUUCCUCUACGAUCGAUGAUGAGUGGCAAGUCAUUGACUUCACAGUGUAGUCGUUACCGGAAAACGUGGCAAGUUUGAAGGAGAAAAUAGCUGGGGAGAUCCAAAUUCCAGCAAACAAAUAAAAGAGAAACAGAACGUGGUGGGAGAAUGCAGGGAAAUGCUUUUUCAAUCUCUUUAAAUUUUCUUUAAUAAUGUUUAAAUUGACUCUAAGUUUGUUCUGGAUUGGCAGCUAGUUCUGAGGCAAAUUUUGGUCUCUGCAAUCUUAAACAUCUCUGUAAUAUGUGAUACUCAUGCUUUAGCUCUUUUAGUGAAGUUUGGCUUUGACUUUGUUA